AUGGGCUUGUUCAAUGGUGGAAGCGCUGAGCCAUCGAAGGUGGAUCUCUCACCACCACCGCGCACCACGGUCGCCCCUAGGUCUUCACAGCCCACUGAAUCCUUCUCUGCCUCUUUGCCGGCAAAUCCAUUGAAGAAGCGUGGCUCGCUGGAUAUAGACCAGAUUGAUGUGUUGGAGACUGGAAGCACAAAGCUGCCGGAGAUAAAUCUCUUGCCACCGGCACCCGAGGUCAUCGUGCCAAGAGAAGUUGUUGUCACGGAUAGGCCCUCAAAGAAAAUCUGCCACGCUUCGGGCUCUUCCUCAGCCUCAUCUGCCCGACAUGUUUGGGCAGACCUUACUGGCAUCCUGCUUCAGGAAAUCAUGUUUCUCUUUAGCUCAUUCCAUGACAUCCUGGCUGUAACUGGCACCUGCCGCUCUUGGCGCGCUGCAGUCUCUUCCUUCCCAUCCGUAAACACCUUCACCAUCCCACCUCUCCACCUCAAACCAGGUAUUCGUUAUGCUUAUAGGCACACCGGCUGCAUGCACAACCCUUUAUCAAACUACAAAUGGAAGCUUGUUGAUCCUGCAAAGACAAACUUAUCUCUAUGCCGUUCAGCGCCCCAGAAUACUCCAACCUACAUUCGCUAUUUGGGCUGCUCAUAUGGGCAUCUUAUCUUCUCCAAUGUGCACUUCCUCCUUGUUGAUGUGUACACCUGUACUAAGGUGAAGGCCCCCAAACUCCAAGCUAACAGCAAUAAUGAAGUCUACUAUGGCAUCCUUUUAGCCCCACUCGGUUCACCCAACUCAAGCCUCCUCCUUUUCUCAAGAACGUCCAUGUUCCAGUGGAAGGUUGGAACGAACUCUUGGACGGAGUAUCCUCUUGUUGCUCCGUCCACGAGAUCGUUCAAAUAUGAUGGACGGAGAAUUCUUCAGAUUGUGUUUUUAAAAGGUACAGCUAGAUCAGAGGGUUCCAAGCACAACUCGUUCUAUUUCAGACAGUUUGCAUGGCAUAAGCAACCAGCUUGAGAGCCUGUGGGUGCUCCCUAGUUUGGUGUACGGUGUUGGUCAGUGAAUGGUAUUCCUCGCGGAGUUUUGGCUGGUCUUGUGCGUGCCCUGUCAAUUUAUGUUUUUCUGAUUUAGCUAGCCGUUGCGUUUGUUU